ACUCCGCUCCCCCAUUUCCGUUUCUUUUCCCCACAUGACUCACGAGGGCUCCGGCGGCGGCGGCGGCGGCGGCGAGAUGGCCCUCCGCCCCGGCCCUCCGCAGGCGGCGGCGCCGCUAGAAGACGAGGACGUCCUGGGCGAGAUCCUCGUCCGCCUCCCCCCGCUGCCCUCCUCGCUCGUCCGCGCCGCCGCCGUCUCCAGGCUCUGGGGGCGCCUCGCCGCGGACCGCGCCUUCCUCCGCCGCUUCCGCACCCACCACCGGAGGCCCCCCGUCCUCGGCGUCUUCGAGGAGCGCGACGGGGAGCUGGUGUUCACCCCGCUCCUCGACGCCCCGGACCGGAUCCCCCGCGAGCGCUUCUCCAUGCGGUUCUGGCACGUGCUCGGUUGCUGGACCUUGCUCGGGUACCGCCACGGCCGCGUCCUCAUGGUCAACCAGGAUCUGGCCCUGCUCCUCGUUUUCGCCCCUCUCGUCGGCGGCCGCCGCGGCCUCCGCGCCGUGGUGAUUCCUCCGGAUUUCGUCGACGGCGAGUACGCCGUCGCCAACGGAGCGGUGCUCUGCGCUGCCGGCGGCGAGCAGGGCCACGUGCACGGAGACUGCCACUCGGGCCCCUUCAAGGUGGUUCUGGUGGCCACCAGAGUGAGACACCCGGUCCUAGCCCGGGUCUACUCCUCGGACACCGGUGAGUGGGGAGAUCUUGUCGUAAUGGCGGAACCAUGUGUUGUUAGCAGCUUCCCCUCCACCCUCGUCGGCAAUGCUCUUUACUGGUGGCUAAAAAAGUGUCAGCACGAGGAUGGCAUACUCAAGUUCGAUUUGGAUAGCCAGACACUAUCUGUGGUCAGGAGGCCUAUUUUUGAUCGCAUUCCCAGUUGCAGCAUCCGGAUCAUCAGGGGAGAGCAUGGCGGUGUUGGCCUCGCUGUAUUUUCGUACCCGAGGUUCCAAAUCUGGGAACGCAUGGUCAAUAGUCAUGGUACUGCCAUAUGGGUGCUGCGAAAGACGGCUCGCAUGCAUAGUAUGCUUCAGUAUGCUAUGCUGACUAUAGUAGGGUACUCUGAGGAUGGGGAUGCGCUUCUUCUAACAGUGUCCUUCGGUGGGGCUGUGGCCGCCUACAGCUUCAUGCUUCAACUUGAGUCAAUGGAGUGGACGAAUCUUAAUCAAACAUUUUUGGAGUAUUCCUACCAUCCGUUCGCAUACUUCUAUACUGCAGGUACUGUCAGAGCGUCAAGUACCGCUCCAGCCAUUGAGCCACCACAGCAGCGAAGUACAAUUCCAGCCAUUGUGCCGCCACAGCAGUGAAGUACUGGUCCAGCCAUUCCACAGCUGCGGGGUGGUCGCAUGAUUUAGUGAUCAGUAGGAUUUGCAUCUGCAGCAGAGGCAUAUGUUGUUUAUAGGGUUUUUAAUUUCGUCUUGUAUAUGAAGACCAUAGAAAGUGUAAAAUGAAAAUUUGGAUUUGGUCUCUUAACAGCACUUGGUUGUACGAGUUGAAUCAUAGAACAGGAGGCAGGUAAGUACAGGGGACAGGUAAGCAUUGUUAUUAUGAUCUGUUUGUAGCUUCCUAAAAAUGAGUGUACUGUCAUGGUCAUUUGACACAAUGAAGAAAAAACAAAUGAGUGUAGGCUGAUAGAAGUCGUAAUUGUGAGUUGGCACCUUGCUUUCAACAAAAGUUCAUCUCAUUGCUCCCUAUUUGUACGACAGCAAUACAUAUCAGUAAAAUAAAAGGAUGUUUAUUAGCCACUUUUAGACGUGGUGGCAUAAUAUCAGUAAAAACUAAAGAAUGCUACUAUUCAUCAAUUUUCCUUUUGCGAAUAUUUGCGUUGCCUUUUUUGGACCAUAAUUUUUUGUUCUUUUUCAGAUGCAUAGUGUGCUACUACAAAAUAUUUACUUGAUCCUUGAUUGACAUACUUUUGUGAACUGAGAUCUUGCGCUCUGCUUUUACCAAUCAGCCUGUUUGCUUCUUUUCUUACAUGUACUUUAAUUAUACAUUUCUGGAUUUGGUGCUUUGAUUUGCUGCAGUUUCCUUGAUUUAGUAGAUGCAUGAUGUGCAUCAAUACACUGGACUUCAUGAUCGGUUUUCCAUCUCACAUCAAUAGUUUAGGCCACUAUUUGUUUAUCCAUGCAUUUUAGGUAAACAUUGGUGUAGACUUGGUUGUUUUUUUUUUGGUUGUUUGUGGUAUCCAUUUUCCCCUACACUAGGUAAUAGCCCGUGCGUUGCAACUUGCAACGGAGGCAUACAAAAUGUACCACUAAAAUUUUAGUUAGUUUUUUACAUAACAACCAUGAUUUACCUUUAUUGUUAAUGUGAACCUUGAUUUACCAUCUAUUUAUUGUUAAUGUGUCUGCAUACUAACUGAUGCAAUUAGCAAGUGUUAAGUGAUAACCUAAUUCUUGAAUAUCAGUUGUGGGAAAGUGCAGCACAAAUUAAUCCUAAUUUAAUUCUUUCCCCAACCUGCUUGGUCCUACAACAAGCAAACAUUAGGUUGCUAGCAACAAAAUGAUAUGCAAGGAAUAAAUUGCAACCCCACAGAAGAGAAAAAAAGGGCUCUAUACCUUUUAUCCUCCCAAUCUGCAAAACAAAUAGAAUUGAGACAUAUCGUGCCAAUUUAAUUACUAAAGCUCAUGUCCAAUUUUGGAAGCUAAUGGCCAAGUAGUUGGCAAUUUUGUUUCUGAAGAGAAAUGCAUUGAUGCAAUUUUGUCCACUUCGGAUCAUUCCCUCUUAACAAAAUGCCAGUGAUGUUUCUCUUAAUGUAGUAUACUGACCAUUUCAGCAGCAUAAUUUCUCUAAGUGACCAUGCAGUAUUCAGUGACUUUUCUAGGUGACUAAUAUGCAGCAUGCAUGGAUGGCUGGGAGACUGGGCAGAGAGAGUUUGUCAUGAAAACUGUUUUUCGCUUUAACUUUCACUUUGUUGUGUUUCCUCUGUCCAUUCUUUCCUCAGUUAAAACUUCAUUGCCAAAAACCAGAUUACCUCCUUCCAUGAUCUGCACAAAGGCAUAAGAAUACUAAAGUGUCACCAGACUGAGAGAUGCAAAGUACCAAGUGCAUAAAAUCUGUGUCCAAAUCGUUUAGUUAUGACAAUUACAAAUUUAGUUGUUUAAUAUAUACAAUAAGAAAUUCAGUGUUCUACCAAUUACAUCAAAUUAGUAGUCAGUUUAUCCCAUGCAGUGCACAGGAAAAUGUCAAAACAAAGGAGAGGAUGAGGCCGUCUACCUUGUAGAGGAGCAAGCCCGUACUUGCUGCUGCCGGUCUUGGGGCCGCCUUCGCAUAGGUGGAGUUCGUCAAGGUCGAGAUCUGCGAGAUCCCCAGAGUGGCGCAUGUUAUAAGAGCAUCAAAA